AUGAAGAAAUCCAACCCCAAAGAUAAAUUGGAAAACAAAAAUCAAGGAAAUGUCAUUCCUGCCACUCUAAUCAUUUUUGAUAAAAUUGAUGCUCUAAAAGACAAUAAUACAAUUAAGAUUGAGAUGAUAUUGAAUUACUUGAAAGAACUAACCUUAGGUUAAACAAUCAAAAAAGGGGAAUCUUUGACAUAUGUGUUAUGCGGAAAGAAAUGGACAAUCAAUAUUGUGGAUGUGACACCAAUAGCAGAAUUAGUUUGUGUUGAUCAAAAUACUUAAUUUAAAUUACAGGAUAAAUUACAAUUGCAAAAUUCAUAAUAAUUGGCAUAAGUAGAGUAAUCAUAACAAUUCAUGUAUUAUGAUAAUCUUUUUAAUGAACUGCAAGCUAUUAUCGAAUAGAAUAUAGGUGAAUAAUCAAAUGAAAUUAGCCUUAUGAAUUUACCAUUAAUUAAAGGAGUUUUGAUCAGUGGACAAACUGGCACAGGUAAGACCACGAUCCUCUAAAUGCUCAGAGAUAAAUAUGUGGAAUAUAAGCCAGUCUUGAUAUCCAUUAAUCAUUUAGAUGCAAACAAUAAAGAAUUAUAGCAAUUAUUAGAGAUCUCAUAACAAAGAAAUAAUCUGAUUUUGAUUGAUGACUUAUCCAGUUUGACUGAUGAAAAUAUGCAAACUGUAAAACCAUCUUUAUUUAAAAUAUUUGACAAUGUCCAAAAUAAGAAAUCCCUUAUCAUUGCUACUAUUACAAGUAUUAAAGACAUUCCUGAUAAUCUGAGAAGAUCAGGAAGAUUUGAAAAAGAAAUCAUUAUUGAGUAACCUAAUCAUGAAAUAAGAGUGGAUAUUAUGAUAAAUGAAUUCACGAAAUAAAAUAUUGAGAUUGAAAAAGAAGUCUUAAAAGAAAUAUCCUAUUAAAUGAGUGGGUUUACAGUUAAUGAUAUUAGAUGUUUAGUAAGGGAAUUCUAUUUGUUAAAAAACAUACAAGGAGAUAAUAAAAUUAAAUUAAGAUAAUCAUUACAAAAGCUGAAUCCAAGUGGAAUCAGAGAUUUGUUGGCUGAUGUUCCAAAAGUAGAUUGGAAUGACAUUGGUGGAUAUGAGGAUAUCAAAUAGGAAAUUAAAAAAGUUGUUGAAUGGCCCUUAAAAUAUCCAGAAUAAUUUAAAAAAUUAGGAAUUACCCCUUCUAAAGGAAUUCUACUUUAUGGUCCUCCUGGUUGUUCAAAAACUCUAUUGGCCAGAGCUUUGUGCACCUAAUGCAACCUCGCAUUUAUAGCAGUAAAAGGGCCUGAGAUUUUUAGUAAGUAUGUGGGAGAUAGUGAAAAAACAGUCAGAGAAAUAUUCAAAAAAGCCAGAAUCUGUGCACCUUCAGUAUUAUUUUUUGAUGAAAUUGAUGCCAUUGCACCAUAAAGAUAAGGGAGUACUGAUGUUUCAGACAGAGUCCUAAUAUAAUUACUUACUGAAAUUGAUGGAUUUGAGUCUCUAAAGAAUGUAAUAAUUAUUGCUGCAACAAACAGACCAGCUUCAAUUGACAAAGCAUUGCUUAGACCUGGAAGAUUUGAUCAUUUAGUUUUUGUUGACGUUCCAGAUAGGGAAGGAAGAAAAGCAAUCUUUGAAGUAAACCUUAAAAAAAUGAAAGUUAAUGAUGAUGUGACAUAGGGACUAUAGACUCUAAUUGAUAAAACCAUGGGAUAUACUGGUGCAGAGAUUUGUUAAAUAUGUAGAGAGGCAGGUUUAAAUGCAUUAAAUAGAAGCAUUGAUAAUGAAUUCAUUGAACUUAAAGACUUCGAGAUGGCAUUGUCAAAAGUAAAACCCAACGUAACUCAUGAAGAUCGUUUAUAAUUCUUAUAAUUUGCCAAACUUGUUUAAUGA